AUGAAACGGGAUGUUAACCGCAUCAUCACUGCAGUAAACGUCGCAAUGAAUGCAACUCACCUCCCGCCCAUCCAAGGAGAUUACAGCUUGGGGUAUCUUUAUGGAACCGUGAAGAUGCACAAGACUGGUAACCCCUUACGCCCCAUCAUCAGCCAGACACCUGCCCCGACCCACACUUUGGCAAAACGCCUGAGCAAAAUCCUGACACCAUAUACCCCCUCCAAAUUUUGCCUUACUUCUUCUAUGGAGUUGCUGGAGAAAAUCCAGGAUUCCCCUGGCGACAGCACGAUGGCGGCCCUCUACGUGGAGUCCCUGUUUACCAAUGUCCCCGUCGAUGAAACAAUAGACAUCAUUUUGGAAAAGGUCUACAGGAACCCUGAUAUGCAACCUCCGAACAUUCCGGAAGAAUCCCUCAAGACACUCCUAGACAUCUGCAUGAAGAGAGCCCCCUUCACCACCCACGGAGGACAGAUGUUCAUCCAGAAAGAUGGUGUGGCAAUGGGGUCCCCCUUGGGUGUCCUCUUUGCCAACUUUUACAUGGGUACCGUUGAAGAGCGGGUUUUUUCUCAGCACUGA